CGCCCGGGCACACUCGCAGGUGGUGGGCGCGCUGGGCAGGUCUCCGGUCGUCCUUGUGCGCUCGCGUGCGCUCCGCGCUCUCCGCUCGUGGAUAACUUGCUGCUCGCCCACCGCACCAUGACUCUGGAAGAAGUCCGCAGCCAGGAUACAGUUCCGGAAAGCACUGCCAGGAUGCAGGGUGCCGGGAAAGCGCUGCAUGAGCUGCUGCUGUCGGCGCAGCGCCAGGGUUGCCUCACCGCCGGCGUUUACGAGUCAGCCAAAGUCCUGAACGUGGACCCGGACAACGUGACCUUCUGCGUGCUGGCCGCUGACGAGGAGGACGAGGGCGACAUUGCCCUGCAGAUCCAUUUCACCCUGAUCCAGGCGUUCUGCUGUGAGAAUGACAUCGACAUUGUGCGCGUGGGCGAUGUGCAGCGGCUGGCGGCUAUCGUGGGCGCUGGCGACGGCGACGAGGCAGGCGCGCCGGGCGACCUGCACUGCAUCCUCAUCUCGAACCCCAAUGAGGACACGUGGAAGGACCCAGCCUUGGAGAAGCUCAGCCUGUUCUGUGAGGAGAGUCGCAGCGUCAACGACUGGGUGCCCAGCAUCACCCUCCCCGAGUGAUGACCCAGCGGGGACCUUGGUCUGAUCGACGUGGUGACGCUCCGGGGCGCCUAGUGCGCGGCUGGCUCUAUGGAGGGGCCCUCGGAGGGCGCCCGAGCGAGCGCGGCGUGGAGACUGGCAGGCGAGGGGGCGCCUGGAGAGCGAGGCGGUGCGGCCUCCCAAGGAGGGGGCCUGGCGGCGGCAGGGCCGGCUACCCGAGCUGAGGACUCGGCAAGGAUCCGGAGCGGCUGCUCGCCCCGAAGGCUGAGGCGGGGACACUGGCCGCGGGGGCCGGGAAGCUCAGACCGGCGGCAGGCGUGACUCAGCAGCCUACGCCCGGCAGGAAGGAGGGCAAAGGCGCGGCGCCUGGACUCGGUGACAGUUGCAGGAGCCGCGACGGACUCCGCAGACUGCGCUGCUUUUUCAAAACGGAUCCGGGCAAUGCUUCGUCUUCUGAAGGAUGCUGCUGUCGAAGCUUUGAAUUUUACAAUAAACUUUUUGAAACAAA